CAAUAAUUUUGCAUACCUUUCUCUAUUUUCUCUUGGUUCAGCUUCAUUGUGAUUGUGUCCAUGAAUGGAGGCACAGUCCUUAAGUGUGAAUUACAAUUGUUUUGUGUUCUAUGCAUGGUAGCCAUCAUCAGAAUCAGUCUCCUGGAAUCUGCAAAUGCAACUGUGCCUGUCAGGUGCAUUGCAAGCGAGAGACUUGCCCUCCUCAGCAUCAAGAAAAGCCUCGUUGAUCCAACAAACCUACUCUCCUCAUGGACAUCUGAAGAAGAAGAUUGUUGUAGGUGGAACAGAGUUGGUUGCAACAAUCAAACUGGCCAUGUCGUCAUGCUUGAUCUCCGGCCUGUAAUCAUAAAUCGAGGUGAUAGUUUUUCUACUGUGGAGUUGACAGGUGAGAUCAGCCCUUCCUUGCUCGAAUUACCAUAUUUGAGUCACUUGGACCUCAGUCAGAACUAUUUUACAAGAUUUCCAGAUUUUAUUGGUUCACUUAGGGAGUUAACAUACCUUAACCUGUCAUGGAAUAGCUUCAGUGGUAUAUUUCCUUACCAGCUUGGAAACCUCUCGAAGCUGCAAUAUCUUGAUCUUAGCUGGAAUUCUGAUAUGAAAGCUGACAGUUUUGAAUGGCUUGAUCGACUUUCUUUUUUAAAAGUCCUUCACAUAAGUUUUAUUACCUUCUCUAAAGACGUGGAUUGGCUCAAAUCAGUUAAAACACACCCUCAUUUGUCAGACUUGGUUUUGCAUAGAUGUCAAUUUCCUGAAACUAAUUCUGCAUCAAUUUCCCAUGUCGAUUCUUCCAAAUCCCUUGCAUCCCUUCGCCUCUGGUUUAGCAGUUUCAAUGCCUCAAACCAUUCAUGGUUGCCCAAUGUUAGUAGUGCUAUUAUUAGUCUUGAAAUCCAAGAUGACUACAUGAAAGGUCCGAUUCCAGAUUAUUUUGGGCACAUGAAAUCACUUCAACAUCUUGACAUCUCCUACAAUCACCUUGAAGGUGGCUUACCAGCAUCAUUUAGUAAUCUCUGUCAGUUGAAAACAUUAGAGCUGUCGCAUAAUAAUCUGAGUGGAUCAUUUCUUGGGAUUUUAGAGAACCUAGGAUGUGCUAAAAAUUCCUUAGAGAUUCUAAGGUUAAGUCAAAACCAACUGAGGGGUUCGUUUCCUGAUGUCACUGAAUUUGAAUCCUUGAGAGAAAUAUAUCUUGAUCAGAACCAUUUAGAUGGGUCUUUUCCUGAAAACUUUAAAUUCUUCUCUAAGCUUCGUAUUUUGAACCUAGAAAGGAAUCAGUUAGUUGGAUCAUUGCCUGACCUCUCAGGGUUAUCAUCACUCAUUGAGUUGCGAAUAUCGAACAAUGAGUUGAAUGGAAGUAUCGGUGGAAGCAUAGGACUGCUUACUAGCCUCCAAGUCUUGGAUGCUUCUUCAAAUAAGUUCACUGGACUGCUCUUAUAUGCUCAUCUCUCCAGGCUUUCCAAGUUGCAGCAACUAGACUUGUCUUAUAAUUCUUUAGCUUUGAAUUUCAGUUUUGAUUGGACGCCCUCUUUUCAAUUGGACACUAUCAAACUAAGCUCUUGUAUAUUAGGUCCGCAGUUUCCUACUUGGCUUCAAAGCCAGAGGAACUUCUCUUACCUGGACAUCUCCAAUUCUAGCAUCUCAGAUGCCGUCCCGAGCUGGUUUUGGAAUUUCCCUUCCAAAUUGAGAUAUUUGAAUCUGUCCUUUAACCACAUAUAUGGUAAGUUGCCGAAUCCAUCAGUGCAAUUUUAUACUUUUCCUGCGGUAGAUUUGAGUUCCAACCUAUUCUAUGGACCCAUACCAAGAUUCCUUUCUAACACAACAGUACUCAAUCUUUCCAAGAAUACAUUUACAGGAUCCCUUUCUGUCAUAUGCACAGUAGCGGAUAGUGCUUUGUCCUAUCUUGACCUUUCAGACAAUUUGCUAUCAGGAAGCCUUCCCGAUUGUUGGAAGCAAAUGAAAAUGUUAACCAUUAUGAACUUGGAGAACAAUAAUUUUUCUGGGAUAAUCCCAAGCUCAAUGGGCUUUCUUCAUCGAAUUCAAACACUACGUUUGAGGAACAAUAAUUUUACAGGUGAAUUGCCUUCAACUUUGAAAAAUUGCUCAUUGUUGGAGCUUUUAGAUCUUGGCGAGAACAAGUUAGUUGGAAAUGUAUCAGCAUGGAUAGGAGAAAGCCUAAGAAAAUUGAUCGUGCUUCGUUUGCAAUCAAAUGACUUUUUUGGUGUCAUACCUUCUACAAUAUGUCACCUCAGCUCUCUCCAGAUACUGGAUAUUUCUUUCAAUAACUUAUCAGGACCAAUUCCCUCUUGCCUCAAGAAUCUCACUGCUAUGGCUCAGAAUCGAAGUUUUCUCCAUGUUGUAUCCGAUGAGUAUACUUAUUCAUAUAGCUAUUGGAAUGGAAGUGAUGAAUGGAGUACAGAAUAUAUUGCAGAAUAUUUUGAUUACAUAUCUGUUAUAUGGAGAGGAAUCGAGCAAGAAUACGGUAGAACUCUUGGAUUGCUCAAGCUUAUUGAUCUUUCAAACAAUAAUCUAACUGGAAGAAUUCCAAAGCAAGUGAUGAGCCUGUUUGGAAUAAUUUCACUGAACCUAUCAAGAAACAGCUUGAUUGGAGAAAUCCCAAAGCAAAUUGGCCAGUUGAAAGCAUUGGAAUCACUUGAUUUGUCUCAUAAUCAACUUUCUGGGGAAAUUCCUGAAAGUGUUGCUUACAUAUCUUUUCUUGCUGUGUUGAACUUGUCAAAUAACCAAUUGAAAGGUAGAAUUCCAACAGGUACUCAAUUGCAAGGUUUCAAUGCCUCAGUAUAUUCAAACAAUUUAGGACUCUGUGGACCUCCACUUCCAAAAUGCCAAGGAGAAAGAACAAUGCAAGAUCCAUCGAAAGGAAACAAUAUUGAAGAGGGUGAAGAAUGGUUCGAAAGGUCAUGGCUUUAUGCUGGUGCAGGAAUGGGAUUCUUUGUAGGACUUUGGGGCCUCUAUGUGUCUUUAAUUAUUAAUAAAUCUUGGAGGUACAGCUACUUCCAAUUCUUGAAUUAUGUGGUAGAGUGGUUUUACUUCAGGUGAAACUCUGUAAAUUUUGCUUAAGCAAAGCCAAAACUAGACCAUUGUCUUGUUUUUGAGUUGACCUUUCCAUUUAGCUUCACAGUUGGUGAAAGCAAGCAAAUAAUUUUCACAGAAUUCUCA